UCUGUGACUAUAAUUUGUAUUUUGAUCUGCAAUUUACUCUUUGAUUAAUUUAAUUUGAUUGAUUUUGUAUUUUUGCAUUUAGAUUUUGGUGAUUGGCAGUGAUUGAUUCGUUCGAAGUAAAAUAGAUAAUUACAUACAUAAUUAAACCUAGAUUUCAUUAAAAUUGUUAGUGAAAAUGAGUGUUUAUCAGAACAAUACCGAAGCCUUGUCCGAAUACAUUCAGUCGAUGGUAAAAUUGAAUGAGCUUCAAAAAAUGACCGAAGACCUAGACAAAGAACUAGAGGAUUCUCAAAGGAUAAUGUCGGAGAUUAAAUCUAUCUUCAACACUGCUCCAAAUGGUCAAAACAUGGAGCUAAAUUCCGAAUUAAGACGCGAGCAGCUGGCACGUUUUCUUGCGGCUGAUGGACCCCGCAUGUUAUUGCCGGACAUGGAAGAAGCAGUCGACGUCAACAUCGAAACCAUACUGGCUGAUUUGAGAAAACAAGCAGAAGAUUUGAAAAACAACAUAGCAUGCCCUGAGCCGCGGCAGGAAAGCUCCUCAAGGCAGAUUGAGAAUUUAAAUUUGGAACAAUAUGCUGCAAAUCUGGAACAGUUUUCAAACCGCUUGGGAAAUAUAAAAUUAAAUAAUGCCAAUGGAAACAACAGAAACAGAGUAUUGGAAAUGAAAUUGUCUAGUUUAUGCGAAGAUGUCAAUAAUUUAACACAGGCAAUACAGGAUAAAACAAAGAUGGCUGAAGUAAGUGAGAACAGAAAUGCAAAUGAGUUGGACAAUGCUACUGUAUUGUGCUACAACAACUUGAUCAACAAUCUGUUACACAGUAUCAAUGAAGCUUCAUACUUACUGAAAAAUAUUAAUUAAGAUGAAACUUAACUUUGCGUUCAUUGUAUUGAAUUCUUAUUAAAUUAGUAUUAGAUGUGAUUUGGGAUGUAUGUUUAUGUGUACAAAUGAUAAUUGCUUAAAAUUGGAUAUAACAUUUUCCACUGCCAAAAACUUGAUGAAGUUUUACAGUAAUUUCAAUUUCUCUUAAUUACACUAUUUUUUUAGUUGAUAGUAAAAAUAUGUAUUUCUUAUUUAGAUGUAUAAUUAAUCUGUCUCACUUAGAUGAAAUAAUGUGUUUGUAAUUGAUGUUGUCUUGUAGUUUUACAAGUUUGUAGAAUUUAGGGUAGUAGGUGUAAAACUUGUCAUUGUCCAGGUCAGAUCAUAUAUUUCAGUCAAAAAACAAAUAGGGCACUUAUAUCCGUGAAAAGUCAGCGAACCCAUGUGACUCCACAACAUGCAAUUGCACGUUGUAGAGUCACAUGGGACAUCUCCUGAGGAUGCUCCGGUUUUGGGGUGAAACGUACGUAGAGAGUAUUUUGUCGGUCCUGGGUGACAUUGUUGCAUGGGUUCGUCGACUUUUUGUGGAUGAUAGUAAAAUAAAUAAAUCAUUAUAUAAUCAUGAUGAACUUCCGCAAAGUAACGCCUGCUUCUAUCCAAUAUUUAAAAUAGGGUACACUCAGAAAUUACCUACAUGGGCAAAAAAGUGUGAAAUGUGUCAUUAACACAGCCAGCUGUCAGAUUUCUUUAGGGCAAAUAUGAAUCAACCUUGCAAGCAUUUAUCAUUUCUCUCCCUGACAGCCUCCUAUAACUAAUACCUGUGCUAAAAAUGGCUAAAUAUUUAAUGUAAUUGAAAAGAUUUAGGUAAUUAUGAAGCUAUGAGGUAUAACUCAUAUUAUUGGUACUAUGUGCUGAUUAUUUGGGGCAAUACUUACAAUAUUAAUGUAUGUCAGCAUAAUCUAACCUAACCAUGCUGAGUUAUGAGGAUAUACAUCACUUUAUAGUUAAAUACAUGCCUAAGUAAGGAUCACAGUUCUAACUUACUGAGCUUGAGAAUAAAUAUUUUACAGUAACUUAUUUUUUUACAGAGAAUAUUUAUUUUACAGUAACAGUUUACAAUUUGAUUUUAGCUUAUCAAUAAAAUAAUUGGAUCAUUAGAAUUAAGUGACAUCUGAUCAAAGCAAUCCGUUGUUGUGAUCUCAGUUAAAUUAGCAAUUUGAAUUGAAACGAAAUUCAUAAUUCAUUUCAUUUGAUUAAAAUAAUUUAAUUAUUAAAUUGUGACUAGUAUAGUAUCUAAGAUGAUUUGUUAAAUAUUUUGUAUAAUAUAUAAAUGUUCAUUUAAUAAAUGUUGAUGUGUCAAAUGCGAAAAAUAAAUAAUAAGCAAAUUUAAUUUA